AUGCCGGCGGUCAACGCUGCCCACGAUAGUGCGGAUGAGUCUGUCAAAGAUGGCCAGCUCGGGAUUGUCGAAAUCAACGUUCUGCAGGAGCGGACAAUUGGUCUUUUUGGCGCUGUGUCACUCGUUGUGAACAAGAUUAUUGGCGCAGGUAUCUUUUCGACGCCAAGCACAAUCUUCAAAUUGUCCGGUAGUGUGGGAAUGGCGUUGAUGUGUUGGGUGAUUGGCGCAAUCAUUUCAACAUGUGGUGUUUUUGUCAUGCUCGAGUUUGGCACUGCUAUUCCCAGAUCAGGAGGAAUCAAGAAUUACCUUGAACGUGCAUUCAGUCCGAGGUUGAUGCAAACAUGCAUUUAUGUCUUUUACUGCGUGUUCUUACAGGUUUCCGCAAGUAACGCCAUUACCUUUUCGUCAUAUAUCCUGGUUGCGGCCGGUGUUGAUUCAACAACGUGGAAACUCCGUGGAGUUGCAAUCGCCGGUGCUGUCUUUUCCGUCGGAAUUCAUACCGUCGCCCCUCGCAUUGGCAGAGGCAUUCAAGAUGUGCUCUCCGCCGUAAAGCUUUUUACGCUUUUGUUCAUCGUCUGCUGCGGUUUCGCCGCCUUGGCAGGGCAUCUCAGGAUAGAGGCGCCCAAGAACUUUUCGAACGCAUUCGAGGGCACAUCUAACAGCGGAUACAACAUUGGUUCUGCAAUCCUCAAUGUCAUCUUCUCGUUCCAAGGAUAUGACAACAUCAACGCUGUUCUAUCUGAAGUCCGCAACCCCCAAAAGACUCUGAGGUUGGCGUUGCCUCUUUCUAUGGGUGUUAUUGCUGUGCUCUAUCUCUUGGCGAACGUCGCCUAUUUUGCUGCUGUUCCCAAGGAGGCUUUCAUUGCCGCCAAAGUCACCGUCGCUGCCACUCUGUUCGAGAAUAUCUUUGGCCCGUCAGCUGGAGCGAAAGCGCUGCCUGCGCUGGUUGCGCUUUCCGCCCUUGGCCAUUUGCUUGGAGUUGCCUUUACAAUUCCUCGCUUGCUUCAAGAGCUAGCCAAGGAUGGAGUGUUGCCUUUCUCCAACCUCUUCAUGGAGAACAGGCCCUUCCGAACCCCCAUCUACGCUCUGUUGCUGCAUCUUGGUGUCACAAUCUUGUUCAUCUGUGCCCCUCCAGCAGGAGACGCAUUCAAUUUCGUCGUCAGCUUGUCCAGUUACCCCACCACGGUUCUUCUGUUUGCUAUCACAGUCGGCUUGGUGAAGCUGCGACUUACUGACCGUGCAAACUUCCACUCGCCACUUCCCGCGCCCUGGAUUCUUAUUGGCAUCUACCUUGUAGCGAACAUUUUCCUCAUUGUUAUGCCAUUUGUGCGACCACCCAACGGAAAAGGCAGCACUUCUUUGCCGUACUGGCUCUCUUCCGUCGUCGCUCUGGCAAUAUUAUCGCUGGGCAUCAUUUACUACACUCUGCGCUUUGUCAUUGCGCCAAAACUGUUUGGGUACAAGCAUCGCGAGAUCCAGCAGGAGCUGAGUGACGGGUCAAAAGUCACUAGAUUCCAGAGGAUCGAGAGGUGA